UGUCAGAUGUGCUCGUAGCUAACAGGUCGCUCUUGCUUUGCGUCUCGGUAGGUUGUUUGUUGUUGGAUCUGCGAUCAAAGUUGCAAAACGCAAGGUAACAAAGCUGGAAAGCAAGACGAUGUCUUCUCCGCUGCGCUUCUAUUACGAUCUGAUGUCGCAGCCGUCGCGGGCGCUGUUCAUCAUCUUCCGGCUGAGUGGCAUGCAGUUUGAGGAUUGCAUCGUGGCGCUGCGUAAUGGCGAGCAUCUGACAGAAGAGUUCAAGCAGAAUAUCAAUCGCUUCCAGCGUGUACCCUGCAUCAAUGACAACGGCUACAAGCUGGCGGAGAGCGUGGCCAUUUUGCGUUACCUUAGCGCCAAGGGCAAGAUACCGGAGCAGCUGUAUCCCAAGUAUUUUGUAGAUCAGGCGCGCGUUGAUGAGUUCCUCGAAUGGCAGCAUAUAACGCUGCGCGUCACUUGCGCCCUGUACUUUCGCACCAUCUGGCUAGAGCCGCUGCUGACGGGACGUACACCCACAGAGGCGAAGAUUGAGACGCUGCGCAUGCACAUGGAGCGUAAUCUGGACAUUAUUGAGGAGGUGUGGCUGGCCAAGAGUGAGUUCCUCACCGGACCAGCGCUCACCGUUGCUGACAUAUUCGCAGCCUGCGAAAUUGAACAGACACGCAUGGCCGAUUAUGAUGUGCGCAUCAAGUAUCCCAAGAUUCGCGCCUGGCUGAAGCGCGUGCGGCACAGCUGCAAUCCGCAUUACGAUGUCGCUCACUCGUUCGUGUACAAGAUAUCGGGCACGGGCCCACAAGCCAAGCUCUAAGGCAAUCCAUAAAGCAGACGAUGUAAUAGUUUCUGUAAAUAUCUGUGUACUUGCAUUUUUAUGUUAACACGUCAGUGAUUAAGUAUUUAUAGAUCUUAAAUAUAUAUUAAGCGUUCCGAUUGGGUCUUAUAAAGCAUAUAUAUAGAAAACAUAAAGAUCUAAUGAAGCCGUCAAUUUAAAUUCCUUACUUCAAAAAUGUUUGAAACCGGAAGAUUGAAACCCAGUUACGAGCUGAAUUUCAAUAUAUUUACACUACAAACUGAGCUUUAAUCAAAACUGUAUUCCAAAAUGUAGUCAACCUGAAUCAAACAACAUUCUUUAAAGAACAAUUUGUUUCAAGCUUAACAAUAUUUGAAGAAGACCCAGAGCCGUUGCAUUUACCUAACCCCAUAUUAGAUAAAUGUCAAUUUUGGGUAGAAAUCAAAUAUUGCCUGCGUUUUGCAUAAAACAAGUUGCAAAUUGUAAAUUAUAUUUUAUUAUACAAAUUUGGAAUAUAACAAUAUGUUUUUACAAGGUUUGUAUCAAAUCCUGGGUUUACGACUCGACCCUGAAGUAAGGGUGUGGAUGGUGGGUGGGUGGUGGGUGGUGGUUGAACCAUGAACCGAGCCAGCCAUAUUUUGUUUU